GUCAAAGUCACGAGAACAAGUCAAAGUCAAACGUUCAAUUACAACCCAUAACCUUCGACGGUAACCUCACCGGCUUACUCGACGUCGCCGGGAAUAAUCACCGGUCUCGGCCUCCACGAAGAUUCUGCGACGUUCUGUGAGAGGCGAGGGUAAAAACCUUCUCGCUUCACAUUCCUACUCGAAGCCUAAUCGUGUUCCUUCGACUAGAUUCGCCGGAAUGAAACAAGAACCCUUUAUUUCAAUUUCAAACGGUGAUUUAACGCAGAUAUCGGAAUUUACGGAGCAUAGUGUUGAUUAUACACUUGGAAUCUGAGUCAUUAAUAACUUGUCUUAUUGAAAUCCUGGUGUUUGGUUUUGGUCCUAUGAUACAGUUUUUAAAGGAGAAGAAAUUCGAGCAAGUUAUACCUCCGGCGAAGGUUGAAGAUGCCAAUAAUAUCACGAGCGAAAUAGCUACAAAUGCGUUAAGGAAAGGGGUUAAUUUCUUAUCAGCAUUGCAGGCCAGUGAUGGCCAUUGGCCUGCUGAAAAUGCUGGUCCUUUAUUCUUCCUUCCUCCAUUGGUUUUCUGUCUAUACGUCACUGGACAUCUCCAUGAGAUUUUCACUCAAGACCAUCGUCGAGAGGUCCUUAGAUACAUCUACUGUCACCAGAAUGAAGAUGGUGGGUGGGGAUUACACAUAGAAGGAAACAGCACCAUGUUCUGCACCACACUAAACUACAUUUGCAUGCGCAUACUUGGAGAAGGUCCAAAUGGAGGACCAGGAAACGCGUGCAAACGGGCCAGGGAUUGGAUUCUUGACCAUGGUGGUGCAACAUACAUACCUUCUUGGGGCAAAACUUGGCUUUCGAUACUUGGUGUCUUUGAUUGGUCAGGAAGCAACCCCAUGCCUCCAGAGUUUUGGAUCCUACCUUCCUUUCUUCCAAUACAUCCAGCGAAAAUGUGGUGUUACUGCCGGUUGGUUUACAUGCCAAUGUCUUAUCUUUACGGGAAGAGAUUCGUUGGUCCAAUAAGUCCUCUUAUUCUGCAACUACGCGAAGAAAUUUACUUGCAGCCUUAUGCGAAAAUAAACUGGAAUAGAGCUCGCCAUCUAUGUGCAAAGGAAGAUGCGUACUGUCCUCAUCCACAAAUUCAAGAUGUUAUAUGGAACUGCCUUUACAUCUUCACCGAACCGUUUCUUGCAUGUUGGCCAUUUAACAAGCUGCUAAGGGAAAAAGCUCUUGGGGUGGCAAUGAAACACAUACAUUAUGAAGACGAAAAUAGCCGUUAUAUUACCAUUGGAUGUGUUGAAAAGGCAUUAUGCAUGCUUGCGUGUUGGGUUGAAGACCCUAACGGAAUUCAUUUCAAAAAGCAUCUUUUGAGGAUUUCUGAUUACUUGUGGAUUGCAGAAGAUGGGAUGAAAAUGCAGAGCUUUGGAAGUCAAUUAUGGGAUUCGGGGUUUGCCCUCCAAGCGUUAGUUGCAAGUAAUCUCGUGAACGAAAUCCCAGAUGUACUCAGGAGAGGAUAUGACUUUUUGAAAAAUUCUCAGGUUAGAGAGAACCCUUCGGGUGACUUUACAAACAUGUACCGUCACAUAUCCAAAGGGUCGUGGACUUUCUCUGAUCGAGAUCAUGGAUGGCAAGCUUCCGACUGCACAGCCGAAAGUUUCAAGUGUUGCCUGUUGCUUUCAAUGAUACCACCUGACAUUGUUGGCCCGAAAAUGGAUCCCGAACAGUUAUAUGAGGCUGUUACUAUCUUACUGUCUCUACAGAGUAAAAAUGGAGGUGUAACUGCUUGGGAGCCUGCCCGUGGACAAGAAUGGUUGGAAUUGCUAAACCCUACUGAAGUUUUUGCUGACAUUGUGGUUGAGCACGAGUACAAUGAGUGUACUUCAUCAGCGAUCCAAGCUUUGAUUCUUUUCAAGCAACUAUAUCCGAAUCACAGGACAGAAGAGAUCAACACUUCCAUCAAGAAAGCCGUGCAAUACAUAGAGAGCAUACAAAUGCUUGAUGGUUCAUGGUACGGAAGCUGGGGAGUUUGCUUCACAUACAGUACAUGGUUUGGUCUGGGAGGCCUUGCAGCUGCUGGAAAGACAUACAACAACUGCUUGGCUAUGCGUAAAGGCGUUCAUUUCCUUCUCACAACUCAAAAAGAUAAUGGAGGUUGGGGUGAAAGCUACUUGUCAUGUCCUAAAAAGAGAUACAUUCCAAGUGAAGGAGAGCGGUCAAACUUGGUGCAAACCUCUUGGGCAAUGAUGGGUUUACUUCAUGCUGGACAGGCCGAGCGAGAUCCGUCUCCUCUUCACCGUGCUGCAAAGCUCUUAAUCAACUCUCAACUGGAGAAUGGCGAUUUUCCUCAGCAGGUACUUUUGGAAACAUGAAACAAAGCUAACACAAAAAGCUGCUCAUACAAAAACCUUAGAGAUGCCCUCACGAUGAACCAUAACGACUCAAAUUUUAUCUGGUCCUUUUGCUGCCUAAAAUUUUAACUGGUCCUCGUGAGUUGAUGCUAAAAAAAUGCAUAACGUUUGAAGAGUCAAUAUUGUAUAUUUUACAGGAGAUAACUGGAGCUUUCAUGAAGAACUGCUUGUUACACUACGCAGCAUACAGAAACAUCUUCCCCGUGUGGGCACUCGCAGAGUAUAGGAGACGAGUUCCUUUGCCGUAUGAAAAACCUUCAACAGAGAGAAGAAGUUAGAUCCAUCAGAACGUCUCAAAACUCACAGGUCAUUGACCAUGAUGUAGGAUCAUUAAGUCAUGACCUCUAUUUUGCAAUAAGCUAUUAUUUAUAUGAAGGUGGUUGAGUAUUCUUACUGAAUAAGCAAACUAAUGAUCGUGUAUGAACAUACACAUCUAAUAUUAUAUGUUCAUAUGUAUUAUAUUCAUGUAUUGUAUCAUGAUUCAUGACUAUGUAUGUUCUCAAGUAAUAUAAAUGUAUUAUAUUA